UGGAUUAACAUUAUGAUCACGUUAGAGUUCAGUCAAUAGCGUUCUUUAAGUUUCAUAUUUCCUAGCUUUAACAGAAGAUAUUUUCAUUAAUUUUAAAGUUAUCGUCUGUCUUUUGUCAAUACUGUUGAUGUUAAAGCUGACUGAAUAAAGGAUGGGACGCUUACAAUGUAUUCAACAUAGCCGUACGACAUAUUGUAAUCUAUAGAAAUAUCACUGCAUUCAGUUGUACUCGACAUCUAAUUUAUAAAAUGAAAAAUGAUCUAUUUGCAUACAUUAAUUUAUCUAAAACCAGUUUAAAAUCAUAUUAAAAGCUUAAGUAAAUAUCCUUGUGUAAAUAUACUUUCAAGUAUUCAACUUACUUUUUUAUGGUAAUAUUUCAUUUUAUUUUUAAAUACGGAGUUUUCGGGAGAAUAGUGAAAAUACUAAUAUUAACAGUAUUCUCAGAAAAAUAGUGAAAAUAUAAAUACUAAUAGAUGCUUUUAGGAAAAUAGUGAAAAUAUUAAACUAACAGAUCAUGUUAAGCUGUUCAUCUUAUUUGAAAAUGACCGCGACUUUGAAAAAUAUAAUUUAUUACCUCAUAAUACUUAAAAAAAAACUAACAGAUACGUUAAAGUUUCAAGUGUCAACUACUGCGUGAAGUUUGACAAACACACGCUUGAGAUUUGAGUACAUAUUUACCACAACUUUAGGGUAUUCUUUUCCAUAAUUUAUAACUUCGUGUAGACGACGCUGAGGUUGAAAAUGAGUCAGUACCCGUAAAACGGUAAAAUCGUUAUCAAGCUGUUACAAUACGGAGUGAAUUAUAUCAUUUGGCGAAGAACAUGGCAAGAUUUUCAUCUGGUGGAUUAAAAGUGAUAAUUUUGAUUUUAUUAAUGAUAACCUUAAUUGCAUUUUGGCGAAAUUCGGGAGGAGAAUCUGUAUUUAAAAGCGGAGGAACCCCUGAUAUUAAAUGGGAUUAUGUCGAAAACAAGACUGGUCUUGUAACCAGACGAGAUGUUCAAAUGAGACGUUAUGAUUUAAGAGUUAUUGUUAUAGUGUAUAACAGAGCUCAUUCACUUCUUAGAUUGCUAACUUCGCUGAAUGAAGCUGAAUAUGGUUCCGAUUCCAUUAAACUCGAAGUGUGGAUAGAUAGGUCGGAAAAAGGAAUUAUUGACAUUCCAACCUUGCAAGCGGCUAACACUUUUACAUUUAAACAUGGUGAAUAUGAAGUAUUACCCCACCCACAGCAUGUAGGUAUUUAUGGGCAAUGGUUUACAACAUGGAAACCCGAUGUCAACAGUUCAGAAAUUGCUGUAAUUCUUGAAGACGACUUAACAGUGUCGAAAUAUUUCUGGAGAUAUUUAAAAUUGGUGCAUCAAAAGUAUGAUAAAAACCCGGACAUUAAUGGUUACUCUUUGCAAGGUUAUACAAUAACGUUCAGUGAAAAACAUCAUCACACAAUCCUGACCGGACCAAAAGACAAUUUUGUUUUCCUUUUUCCGGUCGUUGGAGCAUGGGGAUUUUCACCAAGCACAAAAAACUGGAAUAAUUUUUUAUUCUGGCUUAAAUCUCAAGAUAUUUCAACUUAUAAACCGUAUGUUCCCGACAAUAUUGCGACGGGCUGGUAUAAGGAACUGUCUAGCAAGGGGAGAGCAAAUACAAUGUGGGAGAUUUGGCAUAUAUUCUACGCUUGGAAAAAUAAUGAGUUCACACUUUAUUGUAAUUUUCCAGGUCAUGCUGGAUUAACAACUAAUUGGAGAGAAAAAGGCUUACAUGCAGUAGAAACGGAAGGAUCUUCAAACGAAUUGAUAACAGAAUGGAAGAAGGAAUACGAAAACUUACCGGACAACAUACCCUACUUGGACCUUGCAGGAAACGUCAUUCACCGAUAAAUGGAUUGAUCACAGAAUGGAAGAUGGAAAACGAAAUCUUACUGGACAAGAUAAUCUACAUAGAUCAGUCAUUAAAUGGAGUGACAACAGAAUGCAAUACUCUUAAAAUAAACUCAUACAUUUUUACCAGAAAUCGAAUUUGUGCACUAGGAAAUCACAUUUGUAUAUAAAAACAUGUUUAGAGAUUAGAUACCCUCUACGCUUGGUUACAUAGGUUUUGACAAUAUUUUUGCAUUACUAGUGCCUUCUUUAGUAGAACAAGGUUGACUGGCUGGAAAUAGGCCUCCUUCUAACAAUCUAACAAUUAUUUUACUAUUAGAUACUAGCCACAUUGCUAUUUUUUUCAGAUUAGGCAUAAAAUAAAAUACAUACCGUAAGAUAAUAUCGGCGAAUAUCAAAGUCAGUUGAUAUGCACUUAAUCGUUAAAUAUUCGUAAACAAAACAGUCCAUGUGAGCUUUGUUUUGUGUUGAUGUAUGCUGAAAAUGAAUUGAUUUUAAAAAAUCACUAAACAUAUUAUAAUAAGAAUUAACCGCUUUAGGAAGUCGGGUGUAAUAAUCAGUAUUUUACUAAUAUAAUUUAUCUAUUUAUUUAUAUCAUUUAUAUUAUUUACAUAAAAAUGUUUUGUAAUCAUAUAACACUCUUACUGAAAAAAAAACUACUUACAUUUGAUACUGUCGACUAGUUUAUCAUUUUUCUUUUUUGUGAUUAUGUUCUUUUUCAACCCACUUUUUAUUUUGAAAGGGUAGUCGUGAAUUCGGACUGAUUUUGUCAUACAACUGUAUUAAACACAUGUAUAUACAGUUUUAAUUUUUCACUUGCAUUUUGAAAGCUGUUGAAACUCGAUUUCAUUUCUCCUGGACAUCGUUGUUGGGUGUACCGUGAAAUCUACACGCCCGCAAUAAUUUCACCUUACAAAUAUGAGUAAAAUAGAAUAAUGACCUAGCAUAUGCAUAUAAUAAACUGUUUUAUUUCAAAAAGUUUAUUUGUUUUUUUAUUAAUAUACAUGCAUUACACUGCUACGUUUUUAACAUACACUAUUUGCACAUGCAUAACAGUAGCGGUUCAUUAACGUUUAUCAAAGCCGUUGAAAUUUUCGUCCUCUGAAUCUGAAUAGAACAAGUGCAGUUGUUCCUUUUCUAACAGUGAGGAUGAUGUUUUUUCAACACGCCGACUUAAGGGAACAUCGUGGUCACUGCCGUCACGGCCAUUUGCAAUAGUUCUAGUAAAGUACAGAAUGGACAAUUUUGCCGAAAGAGCCUUUGAAAACAGCUCACAAAAAAAUACAUUAACAGUUCACUGCAUUCGACGGAUUAACAAGAGUGAUUACCUGUAAAUACAAUCGAUUUCAAUGACUAUUUAUCGUGGACAUUCUUUAUACGAUAUGGUCAUGUUCGCCGCAUUUUGGUGUAUAGGCCGCGGCCAAUAUGCCGGAGCGGCCUAUACGUUAAAUUUCAUUUCUGAAAUAGAUAAAAUAUACAGCUGCGACCAAUACGGUGCAGCGGCCUAUUGUCCGGGAAAUACGGUAGUAUUAAUUAAACAAGCAGAUAUAAUAUGAAUUAAGCUAGUAGAUAGUUACUGUAAAAUAACUGGGUACCGUAGUAAUUGGAGCAAUAAUGUUUCGCAUUUAAAGUCAACGUACGAGUCCCGUCCUGAAGUCUGUCAAUCAACAUUUACUUGAAAAAUAAUUUCAAUUAGCGUUGAGUUAGGAUUUGUUGUCGAAUUAUUUAAAUUAAGAGUUUAUUUACUAUUAUUUUGAUAAGAAUUUCAGCUAAAGCAAUGCUUAUUAUGCUUGUUUUUAGUGUGCAAAAUGUGGUGACAGAUGUUUUAAUUUUCUUGUUGUAGUCAUAUGUACUAGUGUCUCAUCAAAGACAUAUUUAACAAACUGAGCUGACGUUGGAAGUUGUUUAGUUAUUUCACUGUUAAAUAUACCCUUUGCACGAGGACUAUAUGUGCAUGAAAAAAUACGCUUAACUCGUAUAUUGGAUUUGUUUAAAUACUCACAAGAGAGAUGCGAACAAUGCAAGGACAUAUCCUGUUAUCUUGUAUGUAUUUUAUCACAGCUACUUGUAUACUAACCGCCUAAACCAUCAAAUGCUUCGAUCAGAUGACACAGUUUUCCCAAUCAUUUUGUUUAUACAAAAAGAUGAAAACGUUAUCAAGUACAGUUUAUGUUUUCCUUUUCAACAUACUAUAUAAAGUAAAAGCUUUCUACAAAUUGUAAGCAUAUCGAAAACAUUUAAGUUGAUAAAUAAUAAAAAUCUGUAAAGAAAUCUCUUAUAAGCAUAGAAUGUAACCAAAAAGAAUAAUAACAGACUCGAUUUGAUUGUUCAUGAGGGGUAAUAAAAUGUGCAACACCUCUCACGCUUCCAGCACCGGCUUAAGCGGAACUAUACACAUCUGUUGAAUUGACUCCAUGAUCCCAAAGGACCAGAAAAAAUAACAACACUGAACCCAAGACGUUUUUACAGCCCUAACACGGCACUUAAAAUUGCUGUUGUGAUAGUUAAUAAAAUCUGUAGAAAGAUCCCUUGGAAGAUUAGAAUGCAACCAUAAUGAAUAAUAGCAGACUCGGGUUGACUCGGGUUGAUUGAGUCUGUGUAAUAGAGGUAAGAAAUUGUGCAACAUCUCUCACGCUCCCUAGCAGCGGCUUAAGCGGAACUAUUACACAUCUGUUGGAUUGACUCCAUGAUCUCAAAGGACCAGAAAAUAUAACAACACUGAAGCAUCUUAGGAUAUAAAUGAACAAUGUGUUGAUUUUCUUAUUCAUUUGAAGACAUCUACGCUUUUGGGUGUAACAAUUAAUUUGAGACACAUGACGAUGUAGUACAAUUUUAAAACGAACCUAUACAUGUUAUGACGUGCGAUGCAGCUAUGUCUUGUUUAUUCUUUAUUUCUUACGCAUCAUAAUUUCGAACAUAACAGUAUAUACUAGCUUUUUUCAUUACUUAUCAGAACUUUUCGUUAUACAAUUACUUCAAUAUUGAUUAUUAUUAUCAGUUGAAGAGUUUUUGCGAGUAUCAUCUCCUCGUAAAUAAAGUAUUUAGCAAAGGGAUGUUAUCAUGGGGUAUAAGGAAAAUAUGUAUGUUUGAGUUACUUCCAUUGAUUGUAUAAAACAAUAACAGGAAGAAAAUGAGACGGGGAUUUCCAAAGAAAUCGCGAUACAGAGGUAAUCGUGUCUAACUCCUUUAAACAUUCGCUUUAGUUGAAACAAUAUUUAAUCAACAAAUACAUAUUGUUUACGUACCAUAAUCCUGUUCAGCUAUCAAAACAAAUUCGGCUUCCUAUAUAUAAGGUCAAGAAGGAGUGAUAGAAAAUGAACUUCUUUCUAAAGCAAUGACUGUUUAUCUAUUCACUGAUUGUAUUUAAAACUUGCAUAUC